AUGGUAUCUUUUGAUGUUACAUCCCUUUUUACUUCUAUUCCCCAGGACCUGGCGAUCGAGACAAUUGAACUGCCUCUACAAAGCAAAUACGAUGAAACGGAGAACCGUCUUGGACACGCCCAAAUCCUUCAGCUCCUGAAGCUCUGUCUCAGGACGUACUUCACGUUCGACGGGACAAUCUACGAACAGGUGAAGGGCACACCAAUGGGUUCGCCGAUUUCGGGAUUCAUCGCCGAGGCGGUCCUGCAACGGUUAGAGUCGCUGGUCUUCCAACACCACAGACCGAAAUUCUGGGUCCGGUAUGUGGAUGAUACCUUCGUCGUCAUCGAACGGGAUCAGGUGUUGACAUUCCAAGAACAUCUCAACGCCGUCUUCUCGGACAUUCAAUUUACGAUGGAGGAGGAAGAGAACAACCAGCUGGCCUUCCUGGAUGUCCUCGUAUGCCGCAAGGAUUGUGGUGGACUAAAGACCAAAGUUUUCAGGAAAGCGACAAAUACGAUGAAAGUACUGAACCUCUACAGUAACCACCCAAUCAGCCACAAACGCAGUUGUGUAAGGACGCUCUUUCGGCGUGUCGAAACGCACUGCAGUGAGCCGGAAGACAAAAUUGCUGAACUACAAUACCUCCGACGGGUCUUCAAAGCCAAUGGCUACCCGCGCAACUUCGUCGACCGGUGCAUACGCAUAAGGGACGAAAGGCCUAACCGCACGGACACCAAGUCUUGGCGGGCACUUCUGUAUGUCAAGAACGUUUCGGAAGCUGUCGGCCGCCUUCUCGCACCACUUGGGGUUGGAGUGGCACACAGACCGGAGGCAACCAUCAGGCGUCUGGUCAUGAAACCCACUGCCACGGCUAGAAACGUCUGGAGUCGUUUAUCGGAUCUGGUGCAGUUGCGGACAAAGCAACUACGUCGGAGAAACUGGAAGACAGCUCCGAACCAGAAUGGCCGAACAUGCGGCAGCGGUACGCAUAAAUGACUCCAGCUCUCCAGUUGCGGCUCAUUCGACGAGAUCCGGCCACACAUUUAAAUUCGAUGAGGCCGAAUUUCUCGCAAGAGGUGACAACGGAGUGAGCCGGGAGCUACUGGAAUCAUGGUUUACUGGCUCCCAGUCCAUCAACAAGUGCAACGAUCUUCCCAUUCAAUACAGCGUGCUGAGACUUCGUCUAGGCGGAGUAAUUGGCCACGCGGGGAGCGCACUGGUGAACACUCUUCCCAACACCCGGGUCAACGCAUCAGAUGGUCGAGCAAUCAUCACGCCAACAUCCAACGCACGGGAUGAAAUGGCAGCAAUUAUCGACUCGAAUGUCGGCCAUCAAGCAAUGAUCACGCCAACUAUGACAAUCCCGGAUGAAGUGGGGAGUCGUGAACAUUCAUAGGUAUGCGGUAGCAUGGCUACUGCAUCCUAUAAAUACCGCAGCCCCUUUUGCAACAACCACCCGUUUCUGCUCUUUUGUCUCUGAUGAUGGAUUCGAGUAGGAAUCCGAAACGUCAGGCUAAUAAAGCUCUUGUCCUGGCGAUCGUGUCUCCUUCUUCACGAGUUAGUAUUCUCGAUCCCAACCGGUGAGACAAAGAAUCCACGACUCAGUGGUUAGAACGUUGGACGUAACAACGUCCUCAAACCUGGGGUGGGGUAUGACUGACCGACGACGGUUUAUAAGCGGAGAAUGGACAUUGCGGCCUCCUUUGUCUUUUUUGGUAGUCGUUCUUUGCGUAUAUUAGUAGACAGUGAGCUACUCCCCGCAGGAUUCUUGAUCAAGCGUGCCCUAUAAGCUGGCCGGUGAACAUGUUUUCAACCUUUCUGAUCGUAACCAGCGGGGGAAAGUAACUCGUGGCCUUGUGUUUACGAGCGCUGGAGCGAGACUAGGUUUGCCCACAACAAGGGUUGGACAGGGCUGACUGGUGACGGCGAACAACCCAGAAAUGCCCAGCCCAAUCUCCCCGGUUUUUGUUUGGUAAUCUCCCUCUUUCUGCUUUGCGUAACAAUUUGAAUAAUACGGUUAGUUUACGUUAAAAUCGAAGUAAAUUGCAAAGCAUCAAAAUGCUCCUGCUAACUGCUCAAGGAUCCGAGGGUGUUGUGCCUCCCGCCUUUUCGGCGGACCUCUAAUUCGGUUCUUCUAGCAAAAUCCAAACACAUAAAGAGGCGUAGAAUUUAAAGCCUUAGUGCUCAAAUAAGUAUCGCCCUGAUCGUCGUAUUAGCUCAUCCUUGAUAUUUAGAGAUUAUUUCCCACUGGCUUUUUAUGGCGUUUAAGUUGUUCUACGAACAUUCCCAUGUUGCCACUGAAAAGUUAAUUAGGAAAAGACGCGUUUUCGGUAACUCGUCAUCAGCCCAAAACAGUUACAUGGGAAUUGAAAGUAUACGAAAUUCACAGAGUUUUCUGGGUUACUCAGUAGCUAUUAACACUCGUAGUUCCCACGCCACACGCAUGGCGAGGUCCGCAUGUUAUAAUCAUUGUGUUAACAGAGUAUAGUUCGACCGUCGUUGUAGACGACUUCCACCGUGUCUGCUUCACAGCAAGGUGAAGCAGACACGGUGACAUGCGCGUGGUUUUGUUUAUAGUGAAGGUCGACUUGCGCAGCUCCUGCCACGCUCUCUCCUCCUCCGCCGUCUCUGCACCUGAGUCUGGUGUCGAGACUGAGUCACGAAGGCCGGAGACGAACGAGGGCGCAGGCGGAUGGCGCAGUUGA